AUGGUUCCUCUAUAUGAAGAAGCCGGCAUUGUUCUUGAUGAUGUGUCGGGAGUUAUUUUGUUUUAUGAGGAUGUAAUUAAUGAAAUGAAAGAUUCUUAUAAUAGUCUAUAUGAUAAUAUGAUAUUAUUAAAAAAUAAAAUGGAAAAUAUAAAGGAAGAACAAAAGAAAAUAUUUAAAAAAGAAAAUGACGCAAAGGAAAAAUAUUUUAAUAAUAGUAAUAUGUUAAAUGAUAUAUUGUGUGACAAAAUGAGUUUAAUUAAUAUGACUAAGGAGGAUGUCAACAGUGAAAUUAUCAACAAUAAUAAGAAUAGAACAAAUAUUAACAAUAAUGAUGAUGAUAAUAAUAAUAUUAACAUUUUAUCUUUUCACAAAAAAAAACAUUGUUGUUAUAAUAAUCAAUUAAAAGAUGGUGAUAAUAAAAUUAUAAAAUUCGAUGAAAAUAUUUUUAAUAUUUUAAAAGACAAAAAUGAAAUGGGUUCUAAUAAUAAAGAUAUAAAUAUAGAAAGUUCAAAGGAUGAAAAAGACAAUAUAUAUAUGGACGAUAUAUAUAAUGAUAACUUUAUUAAUUAUGACAGUUCUAUAAAUUCAAACAAAGUAAGUCCUAUUAUAUUAUCUGAUGAAAAUAAGAAACUGUCAAAUUUUUUAAAAGAAAAAAAAAGAGAAUACCAAAAAAUUAUAUCAACUAAUAAAAACGAUAAUGUUCUUAAUAUUGAUAAUGAUAUAAAUAGUGUAGACAGCACACAAAAACAAAUGAACAACAUCAACAACAAUAAUAAUAAUAAUAACAACAAUAAUAAUAAUAAUAAUAGUAAGAGUAAUUUAUAUGUUUAUGAUAAGCAUAAAUAUAUUUCUACAAGCGAGGAAGGUAAAAAAAAUAUAAAUGCAACAGAUAUAUUUACACAAGAAGAUGAAAACAAUAAAGAUGAAAUGAAACAUAGUAUUCAUCACUCUAUAAAGAAGAACACCAAAAUAUAUAGUGAAGACAUGAAGAAUUAUAAUAAGUCAACUAAUAGAAAGAAUAAUUAUUUAUUACUUGAUAAUAAAAAGAUAAAGAAAAAAAAAAAUAACAAAAUGAAUAAUAAAAUGAAAAAAAAAAUGAACCAAUUUUUUAAUUUUAUUUAUGAGAAAGAAAAAAAAAAUGAUAUUACCAACCUUAUGAAUAAUAUAUAUAACAACAAACAAAUAAAUAAUUGUUAUAAAGAUUAUUUCCCUUUUUGUUUACUAUCAAAAGAAGAUAGUAUUAUACUAGAAAACAUGGAAUUAUAUUUAUCAUCAAAAUAUAAUAAGGAAUGUUCACAUAAAACCUGUAAUCCUAUUAAUAAUAUAGAACCAUAUAAUAAUAAAUACAUGAAUGAUCAGAAUGAUAUAGAUAACUUAACAAACAUACAAGAUAGUAUUUCAUCGCUUGGAAAGAAAUUAAAUAAUAUUAAUGACAGCAAUGAAACUAUAAAAAAUUAUAGUAUAAAUAAUAUAUUUAAAAUUAUGAAUGAAGAUAAUCAAAAUGGUAUUAAUAAAAAUAUAAAUAUAAAUGAUAUAGCAAAAAAUAAUAUGAAUAUACAUAAUUCCAAUGAAUAUGAACAUACAUAUGAAAUGAACAUUGACGAUAAAAAGAAAAAUUAUUUUUCAGAUAUAUUUUUUCAUAAAAAAGAACAAUUAAAUAUUCCAAAUAAAAGUUAUAUGUCUUUAAAUGAUGAGUAUUCUUAUUAUAAGAAAAAAAAAGAGAGAAACAAAAAGAAAAAUAUCCUGAAUAAUUCUAAUAUAUCUAAUAAUAUAUAUACAUCAUCAUCUAUAGGAUGUCCAUAUUGCACAUGCAUUUCUCAUAAAAAUAUAUUUAUGACAAGAGAAAAAAAAAAAUAUUCUUAUGAUUCUGAUGAAGAGAAUCAACAUGAAAAGAAAUUGAUUAAAAUGGUUAAUCCAAAAACAAUUAUGAAGAAUAAAUUAAUUUCUAAUUUUAUAGACAUUGAUAGGAACCCUAUAUUGGCAUCUGCAUAUAAUCAAUCUUAUCGACCUUUAUCAAGCCUGCAAGAAACCGAACCAAAUAAAAAUAAAAAUAAAAAUAAAAAAAUAAAUAAUGCAACAGUCAAUCUAACCUUUGAUGAUAAAGUGCUUAUUAUGACAUCAUCCGAGCAAGAUAAUAAAAAUAUAUUAAACGAUGCCAAGAAAAAUAAACAAAAUUAUUUUUGUAUGGACAAUAUUAUGAGUGGAAAUGAUAAUUCAUAUAAUGAUAUCGAUUUAAAAAGAUACGAUAAAAAAAAAAAAAAAAAAAAGGAAAAAAAUGACCAUGUAACAGAUACUAUUAAAAAUAAUAAGAAUGAUAAGGAAUCGUGUAAAAAUAAUAAUGUUCUAUGUAAUAAAAAAGAUAGAAAUGAAAAGAAUUAUAUAAAUAGUAAUAACAAUAUUAUAUAU